UUUCUUUUCCAAAAGAGAAAAAAAUCAGACUUGAGCUUAAAACCAGUGAAGCUUCAGCAAAAGGUCACUGUUUCUCUGAAGAAGAAAUUCUUCACAAAACAACGAGAGAAAGGAGAGAGAAAGAGUAGAGAGAGAAAGAGAAUGCCAUUCAUCAGCCAAAUAGAACGACAAACUGACUACAGAUUAUUUCCUUCAACCUCUCCUAUUGUAAUCGAUAAUGGCGGCUCUUAUUUUCGCAUUGGAUGGGCUGGUGAGUCUGAUCCGCGCGUAAUUUUUCGCAACAUUGUUCAGAGACCUCGCCACAAAUCCACAGGGGAAACUGUCAGUGUCGUUGGUGAUCAUAAUACUGCAUUACUGAGAUAUUUUGACUGUACUCGUUCAGGACCGCGAUCAGCUUUUGAUAACAAUGUUGUCUAUCAGUUUGAUAUAAUGGAAUACAUUCUUGACUUUGGAUUUGACCGUUUGGGCGUCAAUGGGACUGAGGUUGAUCAUCCUGUAUUGAUCACAGAAUGCCCAUGCAAUCCACUUCCGUCACGUUGUAGAAUGGCAGAGCUUCUUUUUGAAUCUUAUGGAGUUCCUUCUGUGGCAUUUGGUGUUGAUGCUGCAUUUAGCUACACAUAUAAUCAGCGACUUGGUAUUUGUGAUAAGGAUGGCCUUGCUAUUUGCUCCGGAUUCAACACUAGUCAUGUCAUACCAUUUGUUGAAGGAGAGCCUGUUUUUGAAGCGUGUUGCCGAAGUAAUAUUGGUGGGUACCAUGUUACUGAUUACAUGAAGCAGCUUCUUUCACUGAAAUAUCCACAGCACCUGGCUAAGCUUACUUGGGAGAAAGUUGAAGACCUGAAGAUGGAGCAUUGUUACAUCGCGCAGGACUAUGCUUCAGAAGUUAAAUUGUUUCAGAAUGAAACAAAAGAAGCCCAAGAAAAGACUAGGUGUUGGCAACUUCCAUUCACUCCUCCGCCACCUGAGGAGAAACCUUCUGAAGAGGAGAUUGCAAGAAAGGCUGCCAUCAAGGAGAGACAAGGUCAACGUUUGCGAGAUAUGGCUGAGGCAAAGAGGGCAUCACGAAUUAAUGAAUUGGAAAAUGAGUUGCGUGGCCUGGACUUUCUUUUGAGGCAACUGGAGAAAGUAGAUGAGAAUGAUGUUCCUGCUUUCCUUUCAGAUACUGGCUAUGUCUCUAAACAGGAAAUAGAAGCCGCUGUUGCAAAAGUGAACCAAUCUUUGCGAAAAGCUAAGCGUGAACAAGUUGAACUGGGGGAAAAGGCAGACGCAGCAACUGCGGAAAAGUUUCCACUUGUUGACAUUCCUGAUAAUAUGCUGACCCAAGAGCAGUUGAAGGAGAAGAAGAAGCAGAUCUUUCUCAAGACUACAGCUGAGGGCCGUCAGCGAGCUAGACAGAAACGUGCUGAAGAGGAACUAGAAAGAGAGAAGCAAAAUCAACUAGAGGAAGAAAAGCGUUUGGAAAACCCUGAGCUGUAUUUAGGGCAGUUGCAAACCAAAUACAAAGAGCUGUCAGAAAAAGUUGAACAGAAAAAACGAUUAAAAACAAAUGGAAACAACACGAAUGGAAAUAAUACAUCUGGUGGUGUCGGCCGCGGUGAGAGAAUGAGUACUGCUAAGAAAGAGAGAAUGCGCCUUUUAACAACAGCUGCCUUUGAUCGAGGAAAAGGUGAAGACACUUUCGGCGCUAAAGAUGAAGAUUGGCAACUCUACAAACUAAUGAGUAAAGAUAAUGAUGAUGACGAUGAGGGUCCUGAUCUAGAUGAAGCAGAGUUAACACGUGUUUCUGCUAGACUUCAGGAAAUUGACCCAACUUUCACAGCAAAAGUAGACACUGGAGCAUAUCAAGCUGCUGAUGUUCCACGUGCUCGUCCCCUCACAAAGGAAGAUUUCCAGAUUCUAAUGGGGGUUGAAAGAUUUCGAUGCCCAGAAAUUUUGUUCAACCCUAAUUUAGUGGGGAUUGACCAAUCAGGAUUGGAUGAAAUGGUUGGGAUCUCUCUGAGGAGAUUUUCACCCAAGGGUCAAGGUUUGGAGGAGAAGAUGACAAGCUCCAUAUUCUUGACUGGUGGGAGUUGUCAAUACCCGGGAUUGAGUGAGCGCUUAGAAGCUGGAGUUCGUAUGAUUCGGCCAUGUGGAACGCCUAUAAAGGUGAUUAGGGCAAAUGAUCCUGUUUUUGAUGCAUGGAGAGGGGCAUCAUCAUAUGCAGCUUCUUUGCAUUUUCCAGAGCAAAUUGUUAGUAAAUAUGAUUAUGAAGAGAAGGGGGAAGAUUGGCUCAGGAGGUACAAGUUUAGGUAUACUAUAUGACCAGUUGUGCACCAGAUCAAGUGGUUCUCAGUAGGGGGUAAUUUUUCUUAGUUGUAUAAAGGACUUAUUCUUCAACUAAUUCUAUUGUU